CCCGAACGCUCUCCCGCCAGAUCUGGGGCGUUGGUUGACAGGAUGGUGCAACGUUUGACAUACCGGCGCAAGGUGCGCUACAACACACCGUCCAACAAGCAGAUAGUGGUCAAGACACCGGGUGGCGUCAACACGUACCACCUCGCCACCAAACGCAGCGCCAGGCCACGGUGCGCUCAAGCCAACUGCCACAUCCCUCUCGCAGGGGUAAGGAACGAAGCCACAGACAAGACACGACGCAGGAAACACGCACGACACGAGCCAGAUCUGGACCUACACACGCUCACACAGACAUCGCCACGCCUCUUGAUUGCUCUGUUGGCUGCCUGUUGUCUGUGUGUGUGUAGAUCCCCGCUGUCCGUCCCCGUGAGCUCAAGUAUAUGAAGAAGCGGCAGAGGCGCGUGUCGCGGGCGUACGGCGGCAACCUCUGCCACAUAUGCACUCGCGACAGGUGGGUGACCAUACACACACUCACAACCACCCACCCAGACGCUGGUCAAUCAACCUGUUUGUUUGUGUGUGUCUGUGUGCGUGUUGGCUGGUUGGUUGUCUUGGUCAGGAUUGUGCGUGCAUUUCUGAUAGAGGAGCAGAAGCUGGUGAAGAAGGUGCUCAAGGAGAAGGAGGCGGCCAAGUCAGCCGACAAGGCACCCGCCGCUGUCGCAUCCACUGCCGGCAAAAAGAAGAAGGGAUCCAAAUAGGCCAGCCAGGGUGGUGACAGACUGACGCUCGGCCACAAAACACACACACAGCCUGCCG